AUGGCCAGAAAAGAAGAGGGUCUUGCUCCCGGUAUUGGAAUUGACCUCGGCACCACCUACUCCUGCGUCGGAGUGUGGCAGAACGACCGUGUCGAAAUCAUACCUGACGAACAGGGCAACCGGACCACCCCCUCUUACGUUGCUUUCACCAAUUACGAGCGCUUGAUCGGCGAUGCCGCCAAGAAGCAGAACGCCAGGAACCCCCUUAACACCGUCUUCGAUGCAAAGCGUUUGAUUGGAAGGAGAUAUUCUGAUGCUUUCGUUCAGAGUGACAUGAAGCUAUGGCCAUUCAAGGUCAUUUCUGGUCCUGGCGACAAGCCCAUGAUUGUUGUUAACUACAAGAACCAAGAGAAGUAG